UAUUUUAUUUAUUGUACGCGGCAACUGAAGAAAUUAGAAACCAUUCACUUUCAGAUCUUUCUGGAUUCUCUCACGAGCUUUUUGGCUUAAUCGAUUUUUCUCCAACUGAAUAAUCUGACUUCUGCAUAGAAUACCAAAAUCCGAAACCAACUUUAUACUGUUAGUGGACUAUGCAACAGUGCAGGUGCCUUUGUUCUUUGUUCUCAUUUUCCUGAACCAUCAUAAUGGCCUCUAAUGGUGUUAAAGAACCCUUGCUUUCGGGAAUAACAGAUGCUACAGCUCAAACACACAGAAAAGAUGCACCUAAGAGAAGAAUGUUCCAUCAUUCUAGAAGUGCUCCUCCUGCAGAUCAUAUUUCACAGGAUACAGCCGGCCUUGCCUCAGUUCCACGUUCUGAUUCCAUUUUUGGGAAUUUACACCCGAAUUUUCGUAAAAUGGCCAUCUUUUUUUUUGCCUACUUAGGUAUAGGAGCUGUAUGCUUCUACCUAGUUAGGCGCCAAAUUAAGGGAAAGAAGACGGAUGGAUUUCUUGAUGCCGUUUAUUUAUGCAUUGUGACAAUGACUACCGUUGGAUAUGGAGACUUGGUACCCAACAAUACUGUUUCAAAACUGCUUGCUUGUGCAUUUGUGUUCACAGGAAUGGCUCUAGGUGCCUUGAUACUGGGUAAAGCAGCAGACUAUUUGGUGGAGAAGCAGGAAAUAUUGCUUGUGAGGGCGAUGCAUAUGCAUCAAAAUGUACAUAAAAGUGAAAUUCUAAAAGAAGCUGAGACUCACAGAAUCAGAUACAAGUGCAUUAGUGUUUUUAUCCUUAUUUUGGUACUAAUUGUUGUUGGUACAACCUUUCUAGUCAUUGUUGAGAAAUUCGAUGUUGUGGAUGCAUUUUAUUGUGUUUGUUCUACCAUCACAACCUUGGGGUAUGGAGAUAAGAGCUUCUCGACUAAAGCAGGACGCAUUUUUGCAGUUUUCUGGAUAUUAACAAGUACUAUUUGCUUAGCUCAGUUUUUCCUUUACAUUGCUGAGCUUAACACUGAGAAGAGGCAAAGGGCAUUGGUCAAGUGGGUUCUUACGCGUAGGGUAACAAAUUUAGAUUUGGAGGCAGCUGAUUUGGAUGACGAUGGAAGGGUUGGGCUUGCUGAAUUCAUCGUGUAUAAGCUCAAAGAGAUGGGAAAGAUCACCCAGGAAGAUAUAAAACUUGUAACGGAGGAGUUUGAAAAUCUCGAUGUUGAUCAGUCGGGAACCUUGUCUGCAUCUGAUAUAAUGCUUGCUCAAUCAUCUCAAACUGAGAGAUAACAAACAACAUGAUGUGGUUUUUCACUUGUGAAAUGGUGAAAGAUCUUGAGAGCAACCUAACAGCUAUUCUUUGAGUUCGUCUUCUGUAAUGCAUAUGUAUAACAUAAUGUAUUUGAGUGCUUUAUAUAUACUUAUGGUAUAUUUUGUUUUGGCUUGUAA